UCAAAUGCCGCGGCUGCCGCUGGUUGUGCUAGCAGUCGAGAAGGUGCUCCAGAGGGAUGAGAGACCCAGAACAAAGUGAUACUUAGCUCGCAAAAGGCAUCAUGUCUGGUGGUGCCAUAUGUCGACCUUGUGUGUGCCGGUGCCGGUGCCAAUGCUGCGAUGCGCGGAUGUCGACGCGUUCUGAUCCGGGGUCUGCGGAUGGUGAUGAAGUUGGUGCCGAGAGCCGCUCAAGGUCACAGAAGACCCUGAUAUCGUCACAGCGGCUGCUUCCCGAUGUCCGUGUCUCAGAGAAUGCUCCGCAUCGAACGGAUUUUUUUUCCGAGAAGCCCAGUCGGCAGCCAGCCAGACGGCCGACCGCUCCCAAUGCGCCUUUUCUGGUUGGCGGAAGGAGCGCAACAUCGGCGCCUUCGAUCCGAGGACCCGUGGACAGCAAGUUCAGACGACGUCAAAAGUGCUCGCCGAGACGCCUCUGGAGGGCCACGGGGCGUGCGAUGUCGUACGCAGCGCAUGAUGAGUUCCCGGGGACAUAGCAAAACUGGGUCGCACGGACCAUGCAGGGUCAAGCCAAAAGUUGCGCAAGUCGAUGGAGGCGAGGCAUGGGGAGGGUGCGGUGCUAGUCUAGCUGCAUGGCAGGGCCCGCCAAUUGCAACUCGUAUGUCAAGACUGCGACGCGCGCAAGUGGUGCACGCUUGAAUGGGCCGGGCGUCGUGACGAGCCAGACGCGUUCCGAAGUUCUACGACGAC